AUGGAUUUCCAGAGUGAGGACGGAGAACAUCUAUCCUAUGGCGAGAGGGUAAAAAUCAAUGUUGGCGGAACAAUCUUUGAAACUUCGCUGUCCACACUUACAAGAUUAGGAGAUACUGUAUUAUCCACUAUGGUCGCCAAUCGUUGGCGUAGUCAGGAAGAACUUUUUAUAGACAGGGACCCUACCCAUUUUGCAAAAGUUUUGAAUUAUCUAAGAGAUGGUGAGAAUUUCGUUCCUCCUGCAGAAGAUUACCUUCGAGAGAACCUUCGAAGAGAAGCUGAGGUGUUCUACAAUUUGCCUGGUCUCGCAAAAAUGUGUUUGCCCGAAGUUUUUCAUGUGGGCGAUAAAGUACAGUGGAAAGAAAGUGCUAUAGAUUCAUACUGGAUGUCUUUUGUUAGAUCCAUCAGAACAUGCUCUAUUUUGCCUUCCUUAAGGUUUGCUGGCUACCGAGAAACAACCAAAUGGCUCGAAUGUUUUGGCUGCGGAAAUGAG